UAAUCCGAUCACACAUCAUUUGUACCAAUUUAAAUUUCUGUCCGAUGCGACAAUCUCUCUUACUCGCUUAAUCAGCUGUUUCUUAACGCGGAUCAGAUUUGUUUACUAAUUGGACUUAUAAUUUUACUCAUACAUCUAACAUUUAUCUCGUGCAUCGUACAUAUACUUUAGCGAGUCUCGCUAACGUUAGUCUUCUCGCAACACUUGACAAGGCAAAACAAACGCAGUUAAUUUGGUUCGUUAAACCCCUUGCUGUGAUCGAGUAUCGUUCACAUCUCUCGAUUAAAUUGUGUCUUUAACAGUUCUAUUCCAUUACAACAACGGUGUCAGUGUAUUCAGUACAUCAGUGUACUGUUAAACAGUUUAAGUUUUCAUUAAAUCGAUCAGCAUGGACAGCAGUGCAUCAUCAAGGACAGUAUUAAGACCUAUGGCUAACUUAAUUAAUACUCCAUCAAUGAAACAGUCUGUAUGCGCGCUGUGUACUUCCGGACACUUUCAAUAUCCUGCGAAGAGAUCAUUUCAACGGCGCCAGUCCGCCAUCUUGAAAGGUUUAUGCUUCGGCACCAUGGGGCCACAUCUCCUAAAGAAUUGUCAUACACCCGAUCGAUGCGGAAUAUGUCAGAAGCAUCACCACACGUCAAGUAACUUAGUUAAGUCCGUAUCCUUUUCAUUUCCGUCUUCAAAUUCCAAACACAUUUCCGGUAUUCCGGAAAGGGAACUCACGGUGUUGAACGCCUCUCGCCCCCUCUGUUCGUCGUCCCGUCCAAAUAUCAUCAGACGUACGCCCGUCCUUCUCGCGACCGCGUUGAUAAUCGUGGUCUCUAAAAACGGUGAACAUUUUCAUGCUCGUGCUCUUCUCGACCAAGGGUCCGAGGUUUCGUUUAUAACCGUAUUGCUCGCGGAAAUGCUCGGAUUAACGCGUCGAUUUUCUGCCGUACCGAUCAUCGGUAUCGGGGCGCAGCAUUCGGACGUUGCACGAGGAGCUACCAGUUUUCAGCUAGUCUCACGCGUCGACGAGUCUUUCACGUGUCACGUUGACGCUCUUAUUUUGCCGGAACUCACGACCUCUUUACCAGCUGCCCCUAUCUUUCGUACGCAAUGGUCGCAUCUGGAAGGAUUGAGUCUAGCUGAUCCUGAUUUUUCAAAGCCAAGUAAAAUAGAUGUUAUCCUCGGCGCUCGCGUAUAUUCGCAGAUCAUUCGAGAAGGACUUCGGCGUGGAUCCGGCGGCGCUCCUAUCGCGCAACAAACGUCCCUGGGUUGGGUGCUCUCUGGUCCCAUCGACGCGACUCUCAUGGAACCUGAUCGCUUGGACGAAUCUUCUGUACAUGAACUGCAAUGCUCGCCCGAUUACAAAUCGCUAGAAAAAGCAACGAUUUGUGACCAGCAACCUACAUCGAAAGAAUCCCAUUUGGGAGUCCUCCUUAACAGGGGUCCUAAAUUGCGGAUGAAUCUUACGAACAUUCUCGUUCGCUGGAGAUGGUACGCGUAUGAAGUCUCCACGGACAUUGAGAAAAUAUACCAUCAAACGCGAGAUAAAGAAGAUGACCGACCUCUGCAGCAAAAUUUAUGGAGAGAAAAUGACGCCGUAUCCGAUAGCUUUCAACCCUAUAUUGUAAUUACGUCUGGUGAUCUCGAAGAACGUAGUGUCAUGUGCUCUACCACCGACAUCAAUUGCACUUCCGUUGUACGAGACCUCGUUCAGCGCUACUCAAGUUUAACAAAACUCCUACGGGUUACUGCUUGGUGUGGUCGUGUGGGAAAUCGGUUUCGUCGUCUCUUAUCUUAAUUAUUAAAAAUUGGUUAAACCAACUUCAUUGGUCCCAAUGCUAAAUUGGUGUAAUGUCAGCACUUGGACAGUACAUCUGUAUUCAUGUUUACUAAUAAUGGGACGCAGCGAAAAUUUGAUCUUCCUUCUGCUCCUCAGUUAGACGGAAAUAAGAAACUUGCGUGAAAUUCUAUUCCUAUUCCAGUUCUAUUUUUAUACUUUAUAUGUGCAAAGUUUAAAACAUGAGAUAAACAAGUGAGCUAUUAUAGUAGCGUACCGUAAAUGAAAGGUUAAAGGCCAACAGCAGUGAUAGUAAUAUCUCUAGCGGAGUAACAGUGAAACACAGAAAAGUAAUUCACAUUUUCCGGACACAAUUCUAAGAGAAAUUCAUAACAAGUAUGUAAUAUUUAUAUUCAAGAGAAGUGUGCCGAACGCGGCACAGGGCGCUUUUUGAGAAAAAUUUGAAUCUUUUGGGCCGUCGCUCCUGUUAACCCUAAACAAAAUGUAAAAUCUGAUGGACCAUAUUAAAAGACAUAUUAGAGAUAUUUACAAUAAAUCACAUGUCUGAGACCUGAAUUAACCAGGCAAAUAAUAAUCCGAAACGUGUUGUCGAAGAAUAUUUAGCAGUAAAGAGAUUAACAUAAUACAAUAACAAUCUUCAGAUUAACAACGCUCUCAUCUUUGGGGCUUCGCUGGCCGUUAUUUAUAUUGGAAAUCACACGAUCCUAUGCUGGCAGUCCAUUCUCGCGAGGCCGCCCACUCUCUUGUCUCCUUUGACUCGUGCUAGGAUCGCCCUUCGUCUCGGGUCGUCUCGGUGAGCGUCAGUGAGCGUGUACUGUCGGCAUUAUUAGCGAGAAACGCGGUCUCGGCGGAGUCCCUCUAACGAUGGCUUCCCGAAGGCGUCAGUGCGCCGCGCGUGAAAGAGCGGGUAGAUGAGUUCGCAGCUCUUGCGUUGGUACAAUAUUUAAGAAUUAGAAAUGAUAUCAUUUUGUUUCUAAAUCACUUCCAAUAUUAAUAUUGUCAAAAUUAAAAUUUUGAAAAUUCCCGUUUUCCGUAUAAUGCUAUAUUCCUCAGAGAAGCCUGACUUGAUUGGUAGUGUAGAAGUAGGAAUUAUAUAAACGAAGGAACAGAAUUGAGAUAAAUACAUCAUAGAUAAUAAAUUUUAAUAUAAUACCAUGCUUUAUUAAUAUAGGUGGUAAAUAAUUUCAUAUUAAUUUUACUACAUCAAUAUUACAAAAGUUAUAGUUUUAUUUUUUCAGUAGGAAUAAUUCCGCUGUGCAAAGCUGUAAUUGUCAAUUCGUUCACCUGAAAAUUAAUAAAUAAAUAUUUUCAGUUGAAACAAAGUUUUUAUUCUUUCGGUAUAAAAGAGAACUAAAGCGAAAACAUCUAUUUAAAUGUUCAUUAUUAUAAUGUAAAGGAUUCAGAACUUUCGGGAUAAAUAGUAAAACUCUGAUCCCUUUUUUUAUCACCCUGUAUAUGACAGGGUCCCUAAAACCCUACAAUUAGAGAAUGAUAAGAAGAAAUGCGAAACAAAAUUGUUUAAUGCAAGUUUGGCUUACCUGUACAUGCGGUGGUGUAGUAAGGACAUAUAUGAUGCCAUCGGCAAUAUCUUCACUAUAUAUGUGUGAUACUGCAUCGAAAAAUGUUUCACCGCCAGCAUCCUGAAGAAGCGAAAGAUCUGUCUUCACUAUUCCAGGUGAUAAGCUCUGAAACAACAAAAACUUGUCAAUGAUUUUUUGUCUUUAUUAUUUAAACUAUUACAAAAAUGUUUAAAAAUAUACAAAAUCUGUGAAUAUAAAACUCAGGCAUCUGAGGCAGGGACCGUCCAUGUCAGCCCCACUGCCGAGUUCUAGUGGACGGUUUCCGAGACGAAACGCCAUAAUUUUUCCGCCGGCAUUCUACAGUUUUAUCCACUGUUCACCGAUCUUUUCAGAGGGGCGGCUCGCGACUUCAACUUUUGACUACCGAAUACUUGUGAUCAUUGCAUUCACACGAAUAAAAGCUACGACAUUCUAGUCCGCGUCUUUACUCUUCCCUAAAGAAAAAAGGAUCCAUCUUACCGUUACUUUAAUCGGCGCUUUUGAUUGUUGCAUGUCUUUUCUUAACGUUUCCGACAUCCCAGUUAUCGCAUAUUUGCUCGUUUCGUAAAGGCUACACGGUUUAGAUAUCAGCGCUGCAUUGUGUCCAAGAACACUGUCGAGGAGAAACCUUCGAUUAGAAAUCAUUGAACAAGAUAAAAUGAGAAUUAAUUCAGUGCCUUUCACGUUAUAUCAUCUUAAUUCCUAUGUAUUUUAAAUUUAAAUCAGAUAAAGUGUUACAAACUAUUAUUCUUAGCUUAGAUUAGCUUAUUCGGGUGGUCUUUUUUAGAUGUCUCACCUCGUAUUUUCAAAUUACCUGUUUACGUUAAUGAUUUGUCCUCUUGCCUUGCGUUUUCUCAAUGACUGUGUAAUUUCCCGUGCACAAAUUGCUGAGGCUAGUACAUUUAAGUCCAGCACGUUUUUCAUGUGUUCCGUGGAAGACUCUAAAAUUUAGAUUCUAAAUGAAAUAAAAGAAACGUUCCUUUGCAUUGUUUGUCAUUUUUACGGUACCGACGCAGUAACCCUUUAAGGAACGCUACCUGUGAUGCUUUCCACGUAUCCUAAGCCGGCGUUGUUCACCAAAAUAUCAGCGCCCCCGAGCGUCUCGACGAAUUUGAACGCUUUUAUGAUAUCCUCUUCCUUGGAAAGGUCGCAUUGAAUCGGAUAAAAUUUACCUUUUAUACCUUCCACUUCGUUCGGUAUCUUCUUCAUAGUUUCCAAUCUUCUUGCCAGCCCAACCACGUUCACACCGUGCUUCAGUAAAGCUAUACUGGUGGCUUUGCCGAUUCCGGAACUGGCGCCAGUCACAGCAGCUAUUUUUCCACACCACUGAUUCAUCUCGAUAAAAUGCCUCGUUCAAACUAUGCUCCUUGAACAUAGAGAGUCGACACGGUCCUUCCUUAUAUAGACCUUUUCCUUCCUGUUCGCUGAUUUCUCCUUCUUUCGGUCUGCACCU